GUCUGCCUCCUAGCCGCGUAUGGGAGACGUUAAGUGAGGUUAAAUCGGGGCGGAGGUGUAAAUCAACGCGAAUCAUGUUGAUUUAUUUGUGACAGGUGAAACGAAUGGGGCUUAGGAAACGUAACAUGACAGGAGCAUGUAAUCGAUCUGAUUGAUAAUAUUAAAAACACACUCCUUCGAACAACGAUCCUCCCUCGCGAUGGCCGACAAUAACUUGGCGAAGGUUUUUGCAGCCGAGGACUUUAACCCGGAGAAAUUUGUAAAGGAAUUAAGUGCACAAUGCGUCGGUGCAGACGAACUAAGGCAACAACGUGCGAAAAUCCAGGAGCUAGCAAACAACACAUCCGCUCAAUUGAAACGGAAUGUGUAUCAAAAUUAUAUGCAGUUCAUUGAAACUGCCAAGGAGAUCUCGCAUCUGGAGAGCGAGAUGUAUCAGUUGUCUCAGUUGCUGAGCGAGCAGCGUGCUCUAUUGAGCACAUUAGGCUCCACCAGGACAACGGGCGUUGUUUUUGAAGAUCUACCCGAGUCGCAGCAGGAGAAUUCAACUGAUCCGAUAUCAAAGGAGGAGGAGCAAAAGCAGAAACUCAUUCAACUGAUUGAGAAUGUGGAAGGUGCCCUGAGUCUAGCUGAAACUCCUGGACGCAUGUGUCUACAUGAAGGUUCGUUACUCGAGUUAGAUCCACUUGAAGGCACGCCUUUAAAGAGAAUUCACGCAUAUUUAUUCAAUGAUGUUUUGAUGGUUGCCUCUUGGCUGGCGAACGGUGGCAGGCGCGGCCCACCCAGGUACAAAAUGCAGGCAGUUUAUAAUCUAGAAACUUUGGCAAUUGUGAAUGUAAGGGAUCACGGCACCGUGAAACUGGCAUUUAAACUACUGGCAUUCUCUGAUACAAGGGUAUUCCAAUGUGCCACAGCAACAAGUAAAAAAGAGUGGUUGGAUAAGUGUGAGCAAGCGAAAAGGGCGAAAUUGGCGGAGGAGAACCCAGUCGAUGCACCGGAUAAGCAUCCGAAGGAAGACAAAGCGGCACCGUCUCGUUCAAUGUCUUUGGAUUCGAAUACAUUGGGAAUGGACGACGACGAUGAUUCGGAGUAUUACGAGCCACCACCGGAAUGGGUGCUGGAAGUGGCAGAGGAUCUAGAUUCCUGCAUAGCGCAACGUCACUUUGAGGAGGCUUACGGCCUGCUGGAAAAGGCGAAGGCUUAUUUGAAGGAUGCUGAAUCGACACCGCUACUGACGGAGAUUCAGACAAAGGUGAACGAGAGAGGCCGCUCGCUAGUGAACGUGCUGACUAAGGAACUUGAAUCGAGCGCGGAAGCGAAGUCGCUGCAGGGUGGUGGCUUAAGAAGUGCGCGACGCGCAGUCAAGCUCCUGAUACAACUAAAUAGGAGUGCACAAGCAUGUCACUUGUAUCUGCGAUUGUGUAGUGCUGUUCUGAAGGCGCGAUUGAAGAGGAUCAAGCGCGAGAGCACGAUCGUAGCUUACGUAAAGCAACUCAGCGCGAUCGCCUUCAGCAAUAUAGUGGAGAUAGCGAGAGAAUUCGUGAAAACCUUCCCUAAAUCUACAAACUGCACUUCCGGCCUAGUUGUAUGGUGCAGCCAGGAGGUGAAAUAUCUAACGUCGCACUUAUCUCAACAGCUGUUUGUACCGCAAGUUACGCUAAGUACACUAGUAGAAUGCAUCGUUACCGUUCGAAGUCAUUGCGAUCAGUUAACCCACCUUGGCAUAGAUUUGCGUUAUCAGUUGGAUGGGCAGCUUAGAUCUCCAUUAGCCAAAGCUAUCCAGGAUGCAGGAGAGAAUUGUAUUGAUAAGGUGAAACGUCAUAUAGCGGAGGACACUUGGCGACCGACUAAUCUAGAAACUAGUCAAAAUCUUCAAAAAUUGCUAACCGAACUCGAUGAUCUUGGUAUCGGUGUACCAUCGCUACAGACUAACGACUGUUGGAUACCGUUGACGUACAAUACAUUAACCUUCUCCAAAAUCUACGUCAGUCUAUUAGAAGAUUGCCUUAGCGUAACCACACCCGAGCUUAUAUCUACGAUAGACAGUGUGCUUGUAUCCGUAAUGCGAAUCGAAGUUCAACAUUUGAUCGUUUCGCUUACGGAUCCGAAGUUGAAACAAGAGCGAAAAUUAGUACAAAACAAUGCAGCCUAUGUGCGAGACGUUAUUAUUGCCCGGGGGAUGGAAUUGUACAAAUCCACGACGAAUCAGAAGUUCACGAAGCUGCUUGCUUUGAAAGAACAGAUCGUAUUCGAGUCCCCUUCGCCUACAAAACCCAGACCGGCUCCAAGAACUUCAGUUCCUAAAUACUCCACCACGGAAUACCUCUAAUUGAAAUAGAGAACGCUGGCUGCCCCUUAAUUUAUAUAAACAAAGAGGAAUAUCGUAGGAACGAAUGUUUAUAUUCGUUAUAUAUAUUAUAUGUGCAUAUACACGCGUAUAUGAAAUGAUGUAUUAUAUUGUACAUAUAAAACGUAGUCUUUUCAGUGUAGUAAAUACACGUAUCAUAAUGAAACGAUGUAGAAGUGAUGCGAUGCACUUCUAAUACAGAUAGAUAUUAAUUGUAAUGCCAUCGUAGAACUAAUGAUACCUCUUAGAAUACUUAGCGAACAAGUUAACAGGGAAAAUUUGACAAAAA